AUUUUGAGAAAAAGAUUUGCCGCUUUCAGAAUUUGGAUUGGUCAAAAAGAUGUCGGUUGCCUCGCCCCCAAAUCCCUCGCUGGCCUUGCAGAGCAAACGUUGGAAUGGCCUGCGCCACGUCCUGGAGCGUGAGGGACUCUUUUGCAAGGAUGACUUCACCCCGUCGCCGGACAAUUUGGAAUUCCUUCAGACCAAGUGCAAGGUGCUCAUCAUUGGUGCCGGCGGCUUGGGCUGUGAGCUGCUCAAGGAUCUUGCACUGAUGGGUUUCGGUGAUUUGCACGUGAUCGACAUGGACAUCAUCGAACUAUCCAAUCUAAACCGCCAGUUCCUGUUCCGGCGCACAGAUAUUGGUGCCUCGAAAGCGGAAUGCGCUGCUCGCUUCAUCAAUAAUCGAGUGCCAACUUGUAAGGUGACGCCGCACUUUUGCAAGAUCCAGGACUUUGAUGAGUCCUUCUAUCAGAAGUUCCACAUCAUUGUCUGCGGACUGGACUCGAUUGUCGCGCGGCGCUGGAUCAACGGCAUGCUGCUCUCCAUGCUCCGUUACGAAGAGGAUAACAGCAUCGAUGUCGCCUCGAUUAUACCCAUGAUUGAUGGCGGCACCGAGGGCUUUAAGGGCAAUGCACGCGUCAUCUUGCCCGGCUUUACGGCUUGCAUUGAAUGCACCUUGGAUCUGUUUCCGCCCCAGGUGAAUUAUCCACUGUGCACCAUUGCGAAUACGCCGCGACUCCCGGAGCACUGCGUCGAGUAUGUGAAGCUGAUACAGUGGGACAAGGAGAGUCCAUUUGGUGCGCCACUCGACGGCGACGAUCCGCAGCACAUUGCCUGGAUCUAUGAGCGUGCCCAGGAACGGGCGAACCAGUUCAACAUAAGUGGAAUCACCUAUCGCCUCGUGCAGGGAGUGAUAAAGCAUAUCAUUCCAGCUGUAGCCAGCACCAAUGCUGUCAUCGCUGCCGCCUGUGCCAUGGAGGUGUUUAAGCUGGCCACCAGCUGCUACGAUAGCAUGGCCAACUAUUUCAACUUCAACGAUCUCGACGGCAUCUAUAGCUACACCUACGAGGCGGAGAAGUCCGACAGCUGUUUAGCCUGCAGCAAUGCGCCACAGUUGCUGACUAUUGAGGAUCCCAAUACGACGACGCUGGAGGAUGUCAUCAAGGAGCUGUGCGAACUGCCUCGAUUCCAGCUCAAAAGUCCGGCGCUGACAACCGUCAUGGCCGAUGGCAAGCAGCGCACUCUUUACUUGGCCAGCGUGAAGAGCAUCGAGGAGGCCACACGCAAGAAUCUGACGCAGUCUUUGGGCGAACUUGGCCUACAGGAUGGUCAGCAGCUGACCAUCACCGAUGUCACAUCACCAACGGCCAUCACCAUUCAGCUGAAGUAUCAAGCCAAUGAGAUUGAGAUGUCAUAAAAUGUACACUUAGAACAAAAACUCAAAAUAAAACAGAUUUAAUCUGGAUUGUA